UAAAACUCUUCAAACAACGUUUGUAAAAUAAAUAAGUAAAAAAUAAAAAUGAGAUAAAAGUUUCAUCAAAAAACUCGAGACAACUAUUAUUUGAUAUAAAUUUAUAUCAAUGUUUGGCUUAAAGUAAUAAAUUAUUAACAUUAUUCAGCCAAAAUUUUAUAUAAAUACAGCUACAUCUCUAAUUUUAAAAGCACUUUAAAUUCUACAAGUCAUCAAGAUGAGAGCAUUGAACUUUUUUAUUUUCAUUGCUUUUUUUACUCUGAUUAAUGGAGCAAGAUGGGGUCGUAUUGCAUCUUCAAAAGAAAUAGAGUAUCAUGAAAAUUUGUUGCACUAUUGGAAUGCACAAUUUGAGACAUUAGGAAAAAUUGCAGGAGAAAAUUGGUUCACUUUAAAAAAUCAAAUUUUGUUUGACACAUUGGCUACCUAUAAAUCUUCAAUGUCAUCCAGUUCUAAUGAUAAAAAACAUAAUGAUAUUUGUCUAGAACAGUCAAAAAAACAACUUUUAAUGUUAUUUUUAACUACAAUAUCUGACAAUCACAAUUGUUUAAAUAAUGAAAUUAAAAACUUAAACGAAAUUACUAAAUCAAUUGUCAUGUCAAAUAAUUUACUGAAAACUUAUCCACGAUGUAAUAAUAUGAGUAAUACUUCCAAACAAUUAUUAAAUUGCAUUGAUGAUGAAAGAAAAUUUAUGAAAAAUGAUUGUUCUGGAAAAAAUUAUCUAAAUGCAUUAAGAGAAUUGAAAAUAAAAAAUACAGAAAUUGUUAAAUCAUUAAACAGUUGUAUCGCCAAUAAUGUAACAACUAUUUCAAAUAAUUCAUUAAAAAUUAAAACAAAUGAAUUUAAUACUUGUAUAAAUAAAAAAAUAAAUACAGAAGAUAAAAUAGUCACAGAAAAAAAAAUAAAUAGCAGUGUAACAAUAAAACAUUCAACCACCAAUGAUAAAAAAUUAUUAACAUUGUAUAACAAUCAAUUGUCGCAAUUGGAAAGUAAUUUUUCAGAGGAAAAAUUUAAUGUAAAUCAAAAAAUUUCAGAUACAAAAAAUCAACAAUUUAAUUUAAUCAAGUUAAUUAAAACUAUUUAUGGUAGAAAUAAUACUUGUUGUUUAAAUUUACCACAAGAAGAUAUUAACAGAGCUGCUGAAAUUGCAAUUGAUAGAUACAAUAAAUGCUAUAAAAAUGAAUCGUCUAACUACAACGAAUCUAUUAUUUCUUAUGUUAAGACAAUAAAAUAUUUCUCAAAUUGUUUUAAAAAUAAUAAUUCAUCAUUAAUAUUAAAAUGUAUUGAUGAUACUAGUCUGACUGAUGGAUCAAAUGAAUUUAAAAUUUUUAAUGAAUACGUGAAGGAUUAUUUAAAAAGUAAAUUUAAUUCUGUGACUUUAUCAUUAACAAAUUGUUUUGAAAAAGCAAAAAUUAAUUUUAGCUCGUCAGUUACGUUCGCUAAUCUUGAUUUUGAUGAAUGUAUCAUGAAACAACAAGAUAAUAAUGGUUGUCAUGUUGCUAUUGAUGAUGUUGAUGAUGUAAUUUAAAAAUAUUUCUAUUGUGAAGAAAAAAUGUCUUGAAUUAUUG